AUGGAUGACAGCCUAUUUGUCAGUUUGGACAGACUUUUGCUAGAAUUUGUUUUCCAGUAUAAGCAAGAUAUACGUAGUAAAGAAGAUAUGAUUCAACGAAUAAAUAAAACCUUUGAAGAUGUUAAACAAUACAAAGCAACUAUUUGUAAGAUACAUGAAACUAUAAAUACAACAGAGGAGGAAAUUGGUCAUUACCGCAAACAUAGUAAGGAAAUCAAUAACAGCUGUAGUAACUGGAAGCCAACAUGUGAUGUUUUUCGUAAACAUGAAGACUAUAUGCAGGAGCAGUUUAUUAUUUAUCAAGAAACUAUUGAAAAAGACAAAAAAAUGUACCAUGGUUAUGUAUGUCAAUAUAAAGAUGUUUUGAAGCAGUACCAAAUAAAAUUCUCAGAAGCACCCCUUUCACUUGAAUAUUACCAGAAGAAAAGAGAACAUGAAGAAAUUCAAAACAGAGUGUUGGCAUGUACUGAACAACUGAAAAUGAAUGAAUCUAUUUUUAUAGAAUUUCUAGUGCCUGCUCCCUUUCCAUCACUUACUAAAUGGACAUUACAUAUGGUUUGUUUGAGAUGUAAAACACAAGAUAUUCUUAAACAUGCCAGAAAUUUUUCUAAAAUUUCAUGUGAAUUGAAGAAAGAAGUAGAUGAAGUGGAAAUAGAAAUUAAUUGUUUAAACCAGCAGAUUGCAAGACUUUAUGAAACUAAGAAUCUUUCAGAAGCUCUGGAAGAAAACAAUAAAAAUAUAGAGAACAGAAAGGAAUUGAAAGAAAGAAUUUUUGAAAAAGAUGAACACCAUAUAUUGAGUAAAAUCUCUCAGAACAGUCAAUUAUUUCUUUCAUAUGAGCCUCUGAAAUUAGUGAGACCAAUAAGUAUGCAUUCUUCAGAACCAAGAGUUACAGAUAAAAAAGAAGAAAGUUCUGUGAAGCAAUCAAAGCUUGCCAAUAUUGACUUCAGACAAAAAGAAGAUGCACAGGUGUUUAAUGACUCUGCUGUGAGUAACAAUUCAAAAUGUUCACAUGUUAUGGCUGUUAAAAGUUCACAAAAUUUUCUGCCACUCAGAUUGUUAACUCCACAGAAACAAUCAAAUUGCAAUAUAUGGUUUGAAAAAGGCAAUACAGAUGCUGAGUGUGCAGAUAAAGAGACAGUAAGACAAUUGAGAGAAUCAAAAUGUACUUCACAAGUUAUACAUGGAGAACAUCUUGGGAUGCCAAUAGAUAAUAAUGAAGAAGUGGAAGAAAGAGCUGAGAAUUUUCCACGAACUCCUGAAAUUCCUUUAUUUUUAAGAACACCUGAAGCUGUGAAAACACCUGAAUCUUUGGAGAAAUUACUGUUCCCUAAAACCCCCUUGUUUGAAAUUAACAGAAAUAGACAUACAGUGCCUGAAGGUCAAACACAAAAGGAAUCCCCUGGGUUUUCUUUUCUAAUGAGUUAUACUGCUAGAUCACCUGGAUUGAAUUUAUUUGAUUCUUCUAUAUUUGAUUCAGAAAUGUCAUCAUCAGAGCAGUUUAGUGAAAAUUAUUCUACAGGAAAUUUAAAUCCUCUCUCAUCACAAGAAAUUGGAAAUUUGUUUGGGAAACCAGAAGGAGAAGAUGCCUUUGCAUUUUCUUUUCCAUCAGAUUCUUCAACUCAUACAUUUGUAGCUGGAAAAGAUGAUUUUAGUUUUCCAUUUUCAUUUGAACAAGAUCAAAACUCAACACCUUCUUCUUCAAAAGAUUUUUCAUCCUCUUCACAGAAUACAACACAAUUUACUUUAUUUUGA